AAGGCAAAUCUCCAUCUUUCAAAACUAGAUUUCCCCCCAAGUCAACCUCUCGUAUCUAGGGCACGAAGCUACCCUUUUCCUCUCCCCCCUCAUUCAAGUUUUUCCUUCCCAUCUCACCCUUCAAGGAAACUUUCAAGGCAGCCUUUCAGCUCUCCUGAGUCCUUGACACACAUUCGGUCCAAGUCCUACUUGCGAUUGUUUAACUACGCUUCAAUCCACCCAUCAUCCCAAUCGACCCUUUGUGUCCUCAGCCAUCAAGAUGUCUUCUGCCGUCGACAACACCGCCGUCGCCGCCGACCAGGCCGUUCCCGCCCCUGCCCCCGCGACCACCGCCCCGGAGGCCACCAACGGCACUGCUCCUGCUGCCGCUGCCGCUCCCGCUCAGUCCACCGAUGCGGCCGCCGCCAGUGCCGACGAGGGACGCCGGCUGUACAUUGGGAACCUCGCGUAUGCGACCACUGAGGGGGAGCUCAAGGAGUUCUUCAAGAGCUACAAGAUUGAGAGCGUCUCCAUCCCCGUGAACCCUCGCACCAACCGCCCCGUUGGUUACGCCUUCGUGGACCUUGCUACCGCGCACGAGGCGUCCGCUGCCAUCGAGGAGCUGUCCGGCAAGGAGAUCCUCCAGCGUAAGGUGUCCGUCCAGUUGGCCCGCAAGCCCGAGCCUGCCGAGGCCAAGGCCGACGGCGCUGCCAGUGGUGGUGAGGGUGCCAGCGGCAAUGAGGGCCGCAAGAGAGCUGGCGGCCGUAGCCGUGGCCGUGGCCGCGGUCGCGGUCGUGGCGGUCGCCUCGGACGUGGAGGCCGUUCCACCGACCAGGCCGCUGAGCCCGUCAACGUUCCUGGCCAGGCCGCUCCUCUGACCGAGGUCACCAACCAGAACGACGCUGCUGCUACCACCGAGGCUGCCAAGCAGGCCGGCAAGCCCCGUGCUCCUCGUCCCCAGAAGCAGCGCGGUCCUCCCGAGGAUGGCAUUCCCUCCAAGACCAAGGUCAUGGUUGCCAACCUUCCCUACGACCUGACCGAGGACAAGCUUAAGGAGAUCUUCGCCAGCUACUCGCCCGUGUCCGCCAAGAUCGCUCUGCGCCCCAUUCCUCGUUUCAUGAUCAAGAAGCUCCAGGCCCGCAACGAGCGCCGCAAGGGCCGUGGUUUCGGCUUCGUCACCCUUGGCUCCGAGGAGCUCCAGGACAAGGCCGUCAAGGAGAUGAACGGCAAGGAGAUUGAGGGACGUGAGAUCGCCGUCAAGGUCGCCAUCGACAGCCCCGGCAAGGAGGACGAUGUCAUUGCCGGCGAGAAGCCCGAGGAGGCCGCUGCCCCUGCGACGGAGACCGCUGCUCCCGCGCAGGAGAACGCCGCUCCGGCUCCCGCCCCCGCGGCCGCCACUGCGACUGCUUAAAUAAAUUGACAAGUUUCGUUCUAUCCCGAGCGAUGCCGAGUCCCCCGAUUGAGUUCGUAGGGAUCGGCAAUCUUUUUGAGGAGGAAGUUGGAAGGACCGUCGGUAUGGACGGAUCUAAUCUUCAUGGUGACACGUCCGGAUUGCGGUUUUUAUUUUCUUGAAACACAAAAGCGAGGCCAAGCAAAACAAGAAAAGCUGUGGAUAUUGUUCCAGUCCCAUAUAUGGGGUCUAUCUUGGGGAGAGGGGGAAGACGGGGAUGGAGGAGGUUUAUAUCUCGAUCUUAUGAACUCCGAGUGUCGACGUGGAGAGGAAACACCGUAAUGUGUUGUUGACGGAGACUUGCUAACGAAUCUUGUUCUUCUGCUAUACUGUAUCUUAGCAAUCAUUUAGCUUAUGAUUAGCCGCAAGGCUGGCCUUGUA